AUGGCCAGCCAGUCAAGACAUGAAUCCUAUGGAGCAUUUGUGGGACAUUUUGGGACGUUACAGUUGACCUUCCAUGUUUCAAGUGGUGGCUACCGAAGACUGAUCGGAUCAAGAACUGCAGCCACACAGCAUUAUACGGGCACUCAGGCUACCAGUACUGUAUCUUUCAAUCUUGACAUGAUAAAACCCGUGUUCAACGACCCCGAUGAUGCUUUUCAAGUUCACCCAGAAUUCACAAAACAACCAAUAAACAUACAAUGGGAUGCAUGGAGGGAUUCACAAUCUGGAUUGGACAAGUACACAUGGGAAGUCUUCAAACUUGAACCCAGUCAGAACGGAAGCUUGACGGAAGUGGACAAACUGAGACCCGUUGUUCACAGAGAAGUUGACCAUACUGAACCAAUCGGCUAUCCUCUUCCCUAUGCCCCAGCCAGACCAGGGAUGUAUUCUUUUGUCCUUGAAGCUGCCGACAAGGCCAAUAACUCUGUAUACAUGAGAAGGUUUGCACUGUAUGACAGAGAGUCGGCAGUGACCACGGAUCCAGCCAAUGCCCUGUACAUAUCGUCAGCUGUGCAAGACCAUGGCUUCCAGUGGAUGACCGAUGCCUCAACGCCAAUAAUCACCAACUGGCAAGAUCAUUUUCUUAAUUAUGUCCAUGAAAGUGGUAAAUUCCUCAACAGCAUCCUCCCCUUCCGUGUGAAGAUUGUGGAAAACCCACCAAUCUAUAAAGAAGUACCUGAUACAAAUGAUGAUAAUUAUGGCAGAAGAACCAGAGCGGCUAUCCCCAAUGUACGGGGCAUUGUGAGAUUUGAGUGGACGCAUGCCGUCAACAAGAGUGGAGGCAGAGCGCACCACACACCAGUAAAUUGGAAUGAUAUCUCCGGUCUGAACACAACAAACCAAACAACAGUUGCUGGUGUUACAAGCGGAACCACCGUUACUGUGUGGGUAAGAGCCCGGGACAUUCUUGACAACAGGAACGUGGACUCGACAAGUGUAACCUACGACUUCACCGAACCAGAGUACAGUUUGAUGACAUUCAACAAAAAUGAAAAAUCCAACAUUCCCUUCAGCUCCGGUUUAACGGUGACCGCACACGAUCCAGAGAGUGGACUCGACCAUCUUGAGGUCAAGGUAUUCAAUACAGAAGAUGGCGACCUACUCAGGGCAAACAAUGUAUCCGUUCCAUCUAUCCACCCGCUUUACUGUACAGACAGGGUACACGACUGCUACUGCCCAAACGCCCUGAGCGUGUGUUAUAAACGGAUCAAUAAAGUCUACAUCAGCAACUGCUGGCUGAUGGUGGCCAAGAACGCCCUAGCGACUGCCCAGGUUCGACUGCAGGUGCGCGUUGUCAACAGGGCGGGGCUGAAGAGCUCCACAUAUGAGGAACAAGUGUCUGAUACCCUUAUUAUGAUCAAUUCUGGUCUCUUGCUAGUAAUCCUGAUAGUGCUGGCAGUUGCUGGAGUCGGAUUCUUUUUGUGGAGGACUGGAAGAAUGCAGAAACUGAUCAGAGGACGCCAGAAGAGAUAUGGUGAACCAGAGGCUCCCGCGACAGGAAGGACGACCAAUAACAUUCGCCCUCCAAAGAACACAGCGUGUUACGACAACAUGACGUACACACCUGAAGAUGACAUCUACGUCUACGGCGGCAUGAGCUUCACGGCGAAGCAGCCAGGGUACAUGUCGAAAGAUCAGCUGUCACUACUGGAGGAGAUUCAAACUGGAAGAUUUGCACGAAUUUUCAAGGCUUCUUACAAGACUGGCAAAAAGUCACACGAGGCGGCGGCAAAGGUCCUCAAAGGCACGCCUGACGAGGAUAGUAAUUUACUGAUGAUGGCCAAAAUCAACUUCGCUGCAACAAGGGUCGGGGAACAUUCCAACGUGCUGAAAUUCAUCGGCGCAGUCGUUGAUAAUGAUGCGUUGGGGCCGGUGUUGGUGUUGGAGUACUGUGAAAAUGGUCCGCUGGACAAGUGGCUGACCUCUAGACAGGACAAAGUGAAUCUUGAAGUUCUGGAGCAGAUUCAGACAUUUGUCUUAGGCAUUGCUCGGGGUAUGGAGUAUCUCGUUAGUAAAGAGGUUGUCCAUCGCAAACUGGCUGCUCGCAACUGCCUCUUGACAAGCACAAAUGAAGUGAAGGUCAGUGGAUUCGGACCAAGUCGCAUGGAAGACGCCAGUGCGGAUGAUGCCUCCAAAGGGGAUCGAAUCCCUGUGAAGUGGACGGCGCCAGAAUGUCUUCAGUCUCUGAAGGGAGCCAAUGAGAAGAGUGACAUCUGGUCCUUUGGGGUGACUAUGUGGGAAAUCCUCAGCAUGGGCCAGAUCCCUUACGGUGAAAUGAGGAGCCGAGACCUGCCGACCCAGCUUAAGAAUGGUUACAGACUCUCGAAGCCGGAAUACGCUGAAGACGUCCACUACAGUCUGAUGCAAAGCUGCUGGAAAGAGAAACCAGAGGCCCGGACUACUUUCGCGGAUGCAGUGGGGAAACUGGAGGCCUCAUUCGGUCUGAGACCCACUUCCGGAAUGAUGUAUUACUACUCGAAAUAGUCGACCUCUUGGGCAGCGUUUUGACUACAGUGUUUCG